AUGAGUGUUGUCGGAGAUCUGCAGAGCACGCCGCCCGACAGUCGGUCGGCCAAGAAUGACCGCGCAGCCUGUCGAGUCCAUUCCGGUACCGAUGCCGCAGUCCGUUCUCCCUCUGCGAAGAGGCAAAAGACAUUGUACGAGCAGCACGACAAGACAGGCGCUCUGAAUCAUGAGCACUACACGAUCGCCUGGAUAUGUGCACUGCAUAUCGAGAUGGCUGCGGCCAUCGCAGUGCUGGACAAAAAGCACCGGGAGCUACUCAAGCCUGCGAAUGAUAAAAACUCCUACGUGCUGGGCAGCAUUCGGGACCACAAUAUUGUGAUUGCGGGCUUGCCCUCCAAUGAAUAUGGUCUAAUCAACGCCGCCCACGUCCUGGCUGACCUGCUCCGGACCUUUCCAUCUAUCCGCCAAGGCCUCAUGGUCGGCGUUGGCGGUGGCGUCCCCAGCAAAAUGGAUGUCCGCCUGGGCGAUGUUGUAGUAGGGACAAGAGUCAUGAAUAUUGAUUUAGGGAAGGCCCGGACCGGAGGCAAAAUACAAAGAGCGGCAGUCCCCAAGAUGCCUGGCGCAUCCCUGUGCAGGGCCAUCACGAAACUUCGAGCCUCGCAUGAAGCAGAACCCGUCAACGUUGCUGCAGUCGCCCUGGAAAGGAUGAAGAAUCUCCCUGACUACCAACACCCUGGGACUCCUGACCAACUUUUCCUAGCAGACUAUGUUCACGUGUCUCCGGGACCCGAUUGUGACGAAUGCGACCAGUCCAUGCUCAAGGUGAGAAACACCCGACCCUCCCAGGAACCCAGGAUUCAUUACGGCGGCAUUGCGUCAAGCAACCAGCUCACGACAGAUGCGAUACGUCGUGAUGAACUCGCGCAGGAGUUUGACAUCCUCUGCUUCGAGAUGGAAGCAGCAGGCUUGAUGGAUGUCCUCGCUUGUCUUCCUAUCCGAGGCAUUUGCGACUACUCCGACUCUCACAAGUCCAAAGAGUGGCAGAGAUACGCGGCUGCCAAUGCUGCAGCCUACGCACGGUGUCUCUUGCAGAAUUUAACCGCAAUAGAGAUGAAGACGGGGCCGCCCAACUCAACUCAUCGUCCUGUUCCUGUGGACACGGAUAUGAAUGCGGACCAUCGGCGCCGAUUACUGGAAUCCCUGAGGUUCCAGCAGAUGCAUUCACGCAAAUUUGACAUUCGCGAGAAUGAUGAACAGACCUGCCACUGGUUUCUGGAUUCCCCCGUGUACCAGGACUGGCUUGAUCAUGGCAAACGGCCGAGCCAUCUUGGCCUCUUGUGGAUACGAGGCAAGCCAGGCGCCGGGAAGUCUACUCUCAUGAAGUUUCUCUACUCCAUGUCAAAGAAGCGGGACCAGUCUGAUAAAAUCUUGACUAUUGCUUUCUUCUUCCACGCCCGAGGCGACACGCUCGAGAAAACGGUCUCUGGCAUGUACCGCUCUCUGCUUCUGCAAAUCCUCCAGGGCUUUCCCCAUCUUCAGCACAUCCUUGACAAUACAGAAUUGGUUCCUCGAGACGAAAAAUGUUGUCCGCCAGUGAACGCUCUCAAAGAGCUCAUCCGAGACGCUGUGGUCUCGCUCGAGGAGGAAAACCUGACUUUCUUCGUCGAUGCUCUCGACGAGUGCGAUGAACAGCAGAUGACGGACAUGCUGGAAUUUCUCGAAGAUGUCGCCCAAAGGUGUCUUGCACGCAACACAUUCCUUUUGGUAUGCUUCUCUAGCCGGCACUACCCGUAUAUCGACAUUCGCAAUGGAAUCCGAGUGAUAUUGGAGAAUCAACCGGGUCACACGGCCGACUUGAACAAGUACAUUGACAACCGCCUUUGGAUUCAGGAUCCUGCACUCAAGAACGAGUUGAAAUCGGUGAUGCUCGAAAAGGCUGCCGGCGUUUUCCUCUGGGUCUUUUUGGUGGUGAGAAUACUAAAUAAGGAGGGCGGCGGCGGAGGAUUGCGACUUCGAAAGAAGCUAGAGGAGGUGCCUACUGGUUUGAGCGAGCUGUUCAGAAAGCUUUUGACGAGGGACCAAGAGAAUAUGGAAGAACUGCGCCUAUCUAUCAUGUGGAUCCUUUAUGCACAGAGACCACUGCGGCCUGAGGAGUUCUAUCAUGCCAUGUGGGCUGGGCUGUUGUUGGAAAGUAAGGGGGACCCAGAGAUGCCGAACGUGAACGCCCCGGGCGCCGCGACACGCUUCAAUGGAUGCGUCAUCAGCUACACCAAGGGGCUCGCAGAGAUCACCAAAGACAAAGAGAACCCCGCCGUGCAGUUUAUCCACGAGUCGGUGCGGGAUUUUCUUGCCCGGGACGAUGGUCUUCUCUCCAUAUGGCCCGAGCUUGGAGCCGACUUGGAAGCUCGAAGCCAUGAUAGACUUAAAUCAUGCUGUCUAUCAUAUUUUCGCCAUCAAGAGGUUAGAGUCACUCUCGAAGGGACUACCUUAAACCUUCUGACGCGGAAAGAUCGCCUCCAGCAUGAAAGCCGCGUCAGGGGCGCGUGUCCCUUCCUCGAGUACGCCGUGGACAGUGUUUUAUACCACGCCAACGCCGCUUCAGACCUUGCACCCCAAGGACCAUUUAUGGACGACUUUCCUGUCCAGUGUUGGAUCUCCUGCUCCGAUAUCUGCCACGGAUUCCGGGGACGGCAAUACUCUACCGAUGCAGAUCUCCUAUACAUCCUCGUAAAACAGAGGUAUCCUGCGCUCGUCCGAGUCAGGCUCGAAGAUCACCCGAACAUCGCUGUUUCGCAACGGAGCGGUGACUUCCCGGUUACGGCCGCCGCGGCCAAUAAGGACAAAGAAAUCAUGGACGACGCACAACGAACGGCACUCUCUGAGGCCGCCCUGUCCGGAACAGAGCUAUCAGUGCGUGACUUGCUUGACGCAGGCUCGGAUAUUGAGUCCAAGGACCGCGGGGGUUGCACGCCGCUCUCGUUGGCCGUGACGACUGGAAACGAGUGUGCAGUGCCUGCACGGUAUGGAUACGACCAAAUUGUGCUGCUGCUGCUUGAGCAUGGAGCCAAUAUCGAGUGGCAGAACUGCGAAGGUGAUACACCGCUCAUGUUAGCCUUCAAGACUAUGAUGAUGGCUAUGGGCAGUGAGUGCUGUCACACGUCGCGAAUUCUCCAGGCUGCUCCUGAGAUUCACGACUGGGCUCCGUGA